GGUUUACAUCCAGUCAUCCACUGAGUUAACGUGGGCGUUAUAAGACGAGUAUCGGUUUAAGUAUAAUGUUUUCGGCAAAACUAAAUUAGUAACCUUUGAGACUUUGAAUGGAAGAAUUGUUUAAACUAUAGUUUGGUUUAGUUACUGAAUUUAAAAAAUGUUUUUGAUAAAAUGUGUAGCGGCUUUUGCGAUACUGCAUUUUGUAAGUGCACAAAAAGAAAUAUUUACGGGCGACAACGUGAACUACCAAUUCUUCCCCGUGAAAGGUCGCACCUCGGUGUCAUUUAAAGUGGACGCCCGAAACGAUGCCCACGUCGCUCUCAGCACUCAUCCUAAGUUCUCCGUUCCUAUGUAUGAGUUCGUCAUUGGAGGCUGGGGAAACACAAAAAGCGCGUUCAGAAGACUAACCUGCCUGCGACGUGAAAGAGACGAAGUAGCGACGCCACGGAUCUUAAACGGGCAAGAAUAUCGAGGCUUUUGGAUACGCUGGGACGAUGGAAACAUUUUGGUCGGACGCGAGGGAGAGGACAAGCCUUUUAUGUCUUGGCAAGAUCCAAAGCCUUUUCGAGUGAAGUUUGCUGGUGUGAGAACUACUUGGGGUUCAGAUGGGAACUGGAAACUAGCAAAUGGCUCGCGCCCCGACGGUGGAAAUGAACAAAGUAUUGAUGUGACCACGCCAGUCGACGCUACAGCUCAAUACUUCCCGGUGUCUGGUAGCGCAGUGCAUUUCAAAGUACGCGCGCGAAAUGACGUCACGAUUGAGCUGACCAGUCAAACUCGCCAAACUGAUCCCAUGUAUGAGGUCGUUAUUGGAGGUUGGAGUAAUACAAAAAGUGUGAUCAGAAAGUACGUCUGUAACAUACCUCAGAAGGGUGAGGCCCGGACCCCCCAGAUAUUGAACGACAAAGAGUUCCGCGAGUUCUGGAUUCGGUGGGAUAAUGGCAACGUUCUUGUUGGUCGCGAAGGCGAAGCCACACCUUUCCUGGCGUGGCAGGAUCCUGAUCCCGUGACCGUUGCUUAUGUAGGAGUGCGGACGACAUGGGGCUCUACGGGCAAUUGGGUGUUAGCAAGUGGUUCUAAUAAGGGCGGCGAUAGCAUUGAUGUAGCAACACCAAACGACGUGAAGUGGCAAUUUUUCCCCAUAAUGGGUGAUUCGCUGAGGAUCAAAGUCCGUGCAAGCAACGAUGCCACUAUCGGUUUGUCCUCGCACCCGUGGGAAACUGAUCCGAUGUACGAGGUCGUCCUCGGAGGUUGGAGUAACACUAAAAGCGUGCUCAGAAGAUAUUGUUGCCUAAAUCCCGAUAAAGCUGAAGUUCAGACGAACGGGAUACUGAGCAGCGGAGAGUUCCGAGGGUUCUGGGUGCGAUGGGACAGCGGCAACUUCAUGGCGGGCCGGGAAGGCGAGACGAACCCCUUCAUAUCGUGGCAGGAUCCUGACCCGGUUCCUGUGGCGUUCAUGGGCGUACAUACUGGAUUUGGUUCUACUGGUGUCUGGGAUAUUGAAAAUAUUUCUGAAAAGGACGUCAUAGUUUCAAAUAGUAAUGAACCCAUAUCAAAGCCAGCGGUGUGCGCAGCGACACUAACACGCCUUCGUAACGGCGCCGCCUGCGCAGGGCAGACUGUCUUUGAGGAAAACUUCGACUACCUGCGCCAUGACAUCUGGGAAGUGCAGCAUUACGUGCCGGUCGACCACCCUGAGCUGCCAUUCGUAUCGUAUCAGCGUUCUACUGUGUCCGUGAAGAAUGGCUACCUUCGAAUUGCCCCAAGGCUCCAGCAAAAUCAGCCAGGUUAUACGCAUUCCAGCAUGUUUGAGGCCUUGGAUUUAUAUAAAGGUUGCACGUCGGGACAGUCCAGUUCAUGUCACAUAGAAGCCAGUGACGGGUCUUCCGUUAUCCCCCCUGUGAUUGGAGGCCGCAUUAUCAGUAGACCAAGCUUUGCUUUCACUUAUGGUAUUAUCAGCAUUCGCGCUAAACUGCCUCAGGGAGACUGGCUUUACCCAGAAAUAUUAUUGGAAUCUUUCUCUAAGAAGUUUGUAUACGGUACAAAGAAUUCUGGAAUGUUGAAGAUAGCGUGCGCCCGGGGUAAUAAAGAACUGACGAAAAGAUCCACUCAGUACGGGAAUAAGGUGCUGUACAGCGGUCCUAUUAUCGAUACAAAAUGUCACGACUCACUGCUGGUCACAAAAACCUCAGACAAGUUUUGGGGUGAAGGUUUCCAUGUGUAUUCCCUGAAAUGGACACCAGAUAAUUUGAUUUUCUCUGUGGACGGUAAAGAAUACGCUCGCGUCGAGUCUGAUAGCGAUGGUUUGCGUGCGCGUCUUCCGAAGACCUGCACUGGACUUCACGAAUCAGGCUUAGCACCUUUCGAUGACCACUUCUACAUAACUCUGGGGCUGGCGGCCGGUGGUCACACAGAAUUCCCUGACGGGUGCGUUACGAAGGACAGUCACCCAAAACCGUGGAAAAACCAAGCGUCGAAGGCAACCCUCAACUUUUGGAAGGACAGCGACGCGUGGCAAGACACUUGGGAACGACCCGAGAUGUUGAUAGACUAUGUGAAAGUGGUUGCUUUGUAAAUUAUACAUAGUAUCUGGAAAUAAAUAUUUUAGCCAAUAAU